AUGAGAACCCUCACUACUUUGUUAUUAGUGUUGCUGAUCAACUGUGUAUAUGGAAACGGCCAGAGCUCCAGCACUUCAACGACUGAAUCAACGGGAACAACUUCCUCGAAAUCUACAAGUUCGAUGACCACCAAAGACCAACAAGCGUCUCAGAGCACAUCAGGAACUCCAGCCAUUGAAAGCUUGACCACAAAGUCAACAUCAGGUAGUUCAACGCAUUCUUUGAUUCGCGCCAGAGGUUGGAUUUUGUUGCUCUCUGCGCAAUCUCUCGUCUUCUGA